AGAGGGAUGCUAGCAAAAAUCCACCUAUCCAGGUGCUACAAGUCAAGCACUAACAGCCCUUACCUCCAUCAUGCAGGGACUAUCCAGAAUGACAAUUAUAGGUGGCUAUCAUUAAGAGAUCAAAAGUUACAGGUCAUACAAGUGAGGCCGAUCUGAUGAUAAACAGAAGAAAAAAUGAGAGCCUGAGGCUGGACUCCUGCUUCUCCUUGGUCAUCGCUCCCAAAAUGAUCGUACACUCCCUCCAGGAGAGGAAAACCAUCUCCUAUGAAGGCUGCAUGGACCAGCUCUUUGCUGAACAUUUCUUUGCCAGGGUGGAGGUGUUUGUGCUCACUGUAAUGGCUUGCAACCGCUACGUGGCCAUCUGUAAGCCCCGCACUAUGUGACCAUCAUAAGACAGCAGACCUGUGGACGGUUGAUGGGGCUGGCCUGGGCCGGGGGUUUCCUGCAUUCGAUGAUUCAGUUCCUCUUCAUGUUCCGGUGACCCUUCUGCAGCCCCAACGUGAUCGACCAUUUCAAGUCUGACUUGGAUCUCCUGUGUGAAGCUCGAAUGCACCGAGACAUGCAUCCCAGGGAUUUUGGUCGUUGCCAACAGCGGGAUGAUUUGUAUUGUGAACCUUUCACUGCUGAUCGACCCCUAUGGUGCCAUCUUAUGCUCCCUGAAGCCUCAGAGCUCUGAAGGCAGGCACAAAGCUCUCUCCAUCUGUGGUGCCCAUAUCACUCUUGUCUUCUUCU